CUGUUCAAGCUGUUGCUGAAAAAUUGGGGGAAUGGCGGCAUCUCAGAAUUUGGUACUAAAAAGCUUUAGUUGUAAUUCGUUAGGGUACUACCUUCAAACUCGCUUCCCGUUUCAUUACCCUCCUCCUUCUUGUAUUUCUCUAAACCUAAAAAGCUUUCAUAAUCAUGGUCGGAUAAUUAUUAGCCAUGCCAAGAAGAAGAGGAAUUCACCUCUUGUGAGAGAGGAAGAACAGCAAGAGGAUGAAGAUAUUGUAGCGGAACUAGAAGAAGAUGAUGAUGAUUUUGAAGAUGAAGAUGGGGAAUUUGGUGAUGAUGAUGAUUUUGAUGAAGAUUUAUAUGAGAGUGACGAGGGCGAACUUUAUGUUGGAGAUGGAGGUGGUGGAGGUGGAAUUUCACUAGCUGGGACGACGUGGGAUAAAGAAGCAUUGGCCAUAGCUGAGGAAGUUUCAAAUUCACUUGAUGGUGACUUAAAAAUAUAUGCAUUUAAGACACUUGUGAAUUCCACUAUUCGAGUUCGCAUUGAGAAGCUCUCAAAUAAGUCUAGUUCUCCAACUAUGGCCGACAUUGAAGCUUUUUCGUCUGCUUAUAGAGCACGGUUAGACGAAGCAGAGGAGGCUGGAUCUGUACCCAAGAAUGUGUCGUUGGAGGUCUCUUCCCCGGGUGUCGAAAGAGUUGUUCGUAUUCCACAAGACCUGGACCGGUUCAAAGAUCGGGCUAUGUACGUGAAGUAUUUUCUAGAGUCUGUUGAUGAAACAGGUGGUGUUUCAGUAGAGGAAGGUGACGGUAUCUUCAGGCUUGUUUCUUUCGAUUUGGAUUUGGCGGUUUGCGUUUGGGGUAUCGCUGAUGUGAGGGUUAAUAGAGAGAAAGCAGGGAAAGGAAGACCGCUUAACAAAAAACAAAGAGACUGGCGUUUGAACACGCCAUUUCAGUCUUUACGGAUUUUCUUGGAUGUCCAUAGUGACAUUACUAUAGAAGUGGAUGGAGCAACGUUUGCAUUACAUAAGUUCCCUCUCGUUUCUCGUUGUGGACGAAUUCGAAAGUUAGUUGCAGAUCAUAGAGAUACUGAUCUUUCAAGGGUUGAACUUUGUGGUUUACCUGGGGGUGCAGAAUCAUUUGAGUUAGCUGGAAAGUUCUGUUAUGGAGUAAACUUUGAGAUCACGUCCUCAAAUGUUGCUCAACUUUGUUGCAUUUCUAAUUACCUAGAAAUGACCGAGGAAUAUGCAAAAGGUAAUCUUGGUUUUCGUGCAGAAACCUACAUAGAUACCAUUGUGUGCAAGAAUCUUGAGAUGUGCGUUCAAGUGCUGCAACAGUGUGAGAACCUUCUCCCUCUUGCUGACGAGCUGAAAAUAGUUAGUAAAUGUACUGAUGCAAUUGCUUCCAAAGCAUGCGUUGAACAAAUAGCAUCAAGUUUUUCACGCUUAGAAUACAGCAGCUCAGGCAGGCUUCAAACAACUAGGCAGGCCAAUGGUGAUGGAGAUUGGUGGAUUGAAGAUCUUUCUGUUCUUCGAAUUGAUUUAUAUCAGAGAGUCAUAACAGCCAUGAGAUGUCGAGGGCUUCGUCCAGAGAGCAUCGGUGUAUCACUUAUGGAUUAUGCGGAAAAAGUUUUGAUUAAAAAGUCCAGCCAAUGGGAUUCAGCUGUUCAACCAAAAGACGAUAUUGUCGGUUCCUUCGAUCAUCUCCAAAGACUAGUAGUUGAGACAAUUGUCAAUUUAUUACCUGUGGAGAAACUCAUCAUCCCUAUCUCUUUCCUUUUUGGAAUGUUACGAACUGCAAUGAUGCUUGAUUGCACGAGUAAUUGCAGGCUUGAUCUCGAAAGGAGGAUUGGGUCACAACUGGAAAUAGCUACUCUGGAUGAUCUAUUGAUCCCAUCCUUUCGCCAUCCUAAUGAUACUUUAUUUGAUGUUGAUACAGUUCAUAGAAUCUUGGUAAAUUUCUCUCAGCAGGAUGACAGUGAAGAUGAUAUGGAAUACGCUUCUGCCUACGAGUCUGAAGGAUCUCAUUCUCCUUUUCAGAGUGCAUUGCUCAAAGUUGCGAAAUUAAUUGACACCUACUUGGCUGAAAUAGCUCCUGAUGCAAACCUGAAGUUCACCAAGUUCAUGGCCAUUGCAGAAUCUUUACCAGAACAUGCUCGGACAUCCCAUGAUGGUUUAUACCGAGCCAUUGAUAUUUAUUUAAAAGCCCAUCAGGGACUCUCUGAUACAGAGAAAAGGAGGAUCUGCAAACUAGUUGAUUUCCAAAAGCUUUCACAGGAAGCUGGUGCUCAUGCUGCACAAAAUGAACGCCUUCCAAUCCAGUCCAUUGUUCAAGUUCUCUAUUUUGAGCAAUUAAGGCUUCGAAAUAACUUAUGCAGCUCAUAUCCAGACCCUGAUCAUAAACCAACAUUACAUCAGUCAUGGCGGGUUGGAAGUGGUGGGCUCAGUGCAGCUAUGUCUCCGAAAGACAAUUAUGCAUCAUUAAGAAGAGAGAACCGAGAGCUGAAACUUGAACUAACUCGAUUGAGAAUGAGGCUCAAUGAUCUGGAAAAAGACCAUGUUUGCAUGAAAAAGAACAUGGAAAAAUCUUCUGGCUCUCAUAACUUGACUGGUUUUUCGUGGAUGAUGAAGAAGAUGAGUUUGUUUAGUCAUAGUUCUUCUCGGGGAUCGUCGUCGCCAUCAGAACACUCACAAGAAACAGAUUUUAAGAUGACUAGGAAAAUGAGUGAGGCACAUAUAUACUAGGUAACUGCAUGCUCUAUACAGCGUAUAUUUUGUCUUCCUAAAGUCUGAACUGAUCAUAUUUAUGAGUGGUAGUAAACAGACAAUAGAUUUUCUAGGAAGUAUAGUCUAGGCCUUUAUUAUUUAUUUCAUAUCAUCCUAAGAACUUUGAUCUUAACCGUGCUCUAUGUUUGUGCUAAGUCUCCUUCAGUAGAAAAAGAUCUACACAUACACAUUACAGUUUCCGUCCUUAGUUUUGAAGAGAUCGAGUAGUACUUGACCUUUCAGAUUGACUGUUCGGUAUUCUGUAACCAGGUCUCUUUUUUAAAGAUGUGUACAGAUGGUAAGUGCCUCAACUGUAAAUCUCAUUUCACAUCACUGAGAAAUCCAGGUCAUAUGCCAGAGCGCAGAUUAUCAGGCCAAUGAAAUUUUAAUGGGCGUGGCUGAUCUAGACACCACCCUUCAGGUUUUGAUGGCCGGUAAGCCAAAACCUGUUGCUCCUUUUGGCCACCAGGAUGUCAAGUUUAUGUUUCCACAGGUUGCAAGAAUAGUGCUCAUUUAUGGAGUGUGUCUGUGUUGUUUGAGAACAUCUCAUUUGGCUAUUGAUAGUUGAAGUGUUUUCUCAAUCAAUGCUUCUGUUUCAUACUUCUUUUAUUCAUUACCAUUUACCAAAUUAAACCAGUGGGAAACCCAGGCUAUGCGUCAGGUAUGUGGUAAUUUUGCUCUUCUUAAAUACAACAAAUAUUGGACUGAACUUACCAAUAACGAGGUUUGUAUUAUAAUUAUUAUAAGAUCAGAUUUUUUUUUCUUA